AUGCCUGGUGGUCCCCCGGAGCCGAAUGCCGCUGCAUUCCGUUCGAAAAUGUCGAGGCUUGCAGAGGAGAAGCGGGCGCUGUUUACUGAAGUAAAGCAGUUGCGUGCAUCACUUGGGCCACGCGAGGGCCGCGAGGAACAAGAAAAUGAGCUUGGAGAACUGCGGCAGCGUAUGGGUGAGAUUGACACGCAGCGCAAGGCAGAGCAGGAGAUGCGCUUCAAGAAGAACGAGGAGAUCCAGAAGAUCCAAAAAGUGCACGAAGAACGCCUAAGCAAACUCCGUGAACUAUCCGACGAGCUUGGCGGAUUUAAGUCUCUUAAAGAAAUUGAUGGAGCGAUUGACUAUUUGACACGCAAAAUGGAGACGAGCAGCGGCGGUCUGGCUGCGGAAAAGCGUGCAGUGCGGCAGCUGAACAAGCUGGAAGAGGCGAAGCGAUACCUGCUGGAGCUGCAGCCCAUCACCGAAGCCAUUACAGAGGCAAAGCACCGCGAGGCCAUGCUGCAGCGGGAGUGGCAGGAGAUCAAUGAGCGCAUCCGAAACCUCGGAACGGAGUACAACGAACAACGGAGCAUGAAACAACAAAGAGAACAGGAGAUGCACAGCACCGGCGCCAACCGUGCGGAAGUAUAUAAGAAGUGCGAUGCGAUUAGCGCCAAAAUUAACAAACUGAACGAGGAAAUGAAUACACUGCGGGAGGAGCAUAACAAGGCGCUGGAGGCGUGGAACGCCUGGCGGGAGGAGGCGCGCACUAAAUACGCCGCUAAGGUUGAAGCGGAGCGAAAGGAGCGGCACCUGCGGUACCUGGAGCGCAAGAACGCUGCCAAGCUGGAGGAGAAGCGGGCCCGUGCAAUGCGCCGGCAGAACCCGUAUGAGGCAGAGGUAGACGCAUGCAGCGUCCUUGUGCGUUAUCUACGCGACCACAAGAUGAUGGUUCAGCGCGAGGAGGAGGAGCUCGCGAGGAAGAACGCCGCCGCGACGUUUGACCCCACCAAGUUUCUCCCUGAGGGAGCUGUCGUGUUGAAUGACGGCAAGAAGUGGACAGAACCGCACAAGGCUGCCGUCGGCGGCAAGAAAAACAAACAACAACAGAAGCAGCAGCAGCAGCAACAGAAGCAGCAAAAAACGGAACCCAAGAACCGCGUGCUGCAGCACGGUGAAGAGAAGAUUCGCCUGUUCCAGCUCAUUGGAGAGGAACCGCCGCUGGCGCUUGCGGCCAUUGAUGACGCCGUGAAGAGGAUCAGCGCCAAACAGAAGGAAUACGAGAGCCACAUCAAGACAGGCGAUCUGGAGCUUUCCAGUGACGACGAAGAAGAAGAAGAGCAGGAGGAGCCGCAACCCCAAGAAGAAAAGGGGGAAGAGCAGGAGGUGGUUGAUGGUGCCAAAACAGAGUCUCAGCUGGAGGAAAGCGAGGUGAAGGCUGACGAGUGA